UGCAUUGAUGCCGUUAGACAUGUUUUAUAACGUCUUGAUGUGCAGCAUGAAGAGGAAAACAGCUCUUUAGAUUGCAUUCUCAAGAUACAACUGACACCUGGGAUUUUUGUGACACACAUACACAGACGAAGAAUAGGAUCAGCCAUUUCUGGAGCACCAAAAGCAGAGAACACCUUCUCUGCGUCUUGUACCAUCACAAUCUAGAACUUCCUCUGAUGGAAUUUCCAUCGACCCUACAAUGGCUAGACAAGGUACUAAAAGAAAAAUAGAUCAUGAAACAUCUGACUCGAGUAUAGAGACACCACUGACAACAGGUAAGUAAAAUCUGAAUCUGUCCACCUCUAAUCUGCACUAGUAACUAAUCAAUUAGUUACCUAUAAAAGGUCUGCAGGAUUUACACACACACACACACACACACACACACAAACUUAAAAGGGUCAUAUCACAUCCAUCCAUCUAUUUUUCAAACGGUUUGUCAUAUGUAGCAUCAUGGGGACGCUGAAGCCUAUCCCAGCACCUCCGGCCAUGGUCAAGACAGACGGCCAUGCUUACCAACUUGCCAUCUUGAGACAAGCACCUGAGCCGUAAAUGCUACACGACUGAACACUAUAUAUUAGAACUACAUACCAUGCACUGAUAUGAUCGUGGAGAAAGCCAGGCAAAUUCUGCAAAGAGUCAGUAACUCAGAUAAAAUCGAUAAAGACAGCCGUAAGAAGGCAACCAUAGGGAUUUUUGGAAAAUCAGGAGAAGGAAAGAGCUCUCUUUUAAGUGCAAUCUUGGGGAAACAGAAUUUCGUACCGUCUGGUUGUUUUGGAGCCUGUACAGCUGUUAUUACUCAGGUGGAAGCCAAUCUGACUGACUCCAACUACACAGCAGAGAUCGAACUCUUCUCUAAAGAGGAGUGGGAGAAAGAGCUCACAAUAUUUUUCAGAGUUAGAGAAGAUGACAGUGAGGACAGGAAUGAGGAGUUGAUUGAAAUUGCUGUCGAAAAGGUCACUGCACUGUAUGGAGCUGAUGCAGACCAGAAAACAUUAGAAGAGCUCAAGAAUGAUGAAAAAUUUGCUAAGAUUGAAAGUUUUUUGUCUACUAGUAAGAAAAUAAUCUCAAACAGUAAUCUCUCUGAAUUUACUGACGAUGUUGCAAGUUACAUACAACACAGUGAGUCAAGUCCUGGUGAUUGGUUCUGGCCUCUUGUGAAGAGUGUGACGAUCAAGAUACCAGACUGUAAUGAAUUCCUGGAACACAUUGUGCUUCUUGAUCUUCCUGGGACUGGAGACUGCAGCAAGACUAGAGAUGACCUGUGGAAAUCUAAACUUGCAGAGUGCUCUUCUGUGUGGAUUGUAAGUGAUAUCAAUCGAGCAAUCACUGACAGAGACCCCUGGGGGAUAUUAAAGCACUGCAUUGAAGAACUGGGACCAGGAGGAAAAUGCAAAAGCAUCAACUUCAUCUGUACAAAGACUGAUGAUAUGAAUCAACAAGAGUAUAUGAGAUCUGCACGGCUUCCAAGAGACCAAAUCAAGGAUCAGAAAAAAACAUGCAUACUUCAUAGAAAUGAACAUGCCAAGACAAGGGUGAAAGAAAAGUUUCAAAAUUCUGAAAUCAAGAAAAUAUUCAACACUGACAAUCAGUUUCAAGUUUUUACUGUAAGUUCCAAUGCAUUCUUUGACUGCAAUUUAAAUCUGGAAUCAAGUGAAACAGAAAUCCCAAAGCUGCAGGAUGAUCUGAGGACUCUUAACAAGAGCAUUAACAGAGAACUGGCCAGAGAUUAUGUCAAUAAAGCAAAGGGACAUUUAUCCUGGAUCCAAAGCGGCCAGUUUGAUAAAGACAAGAAAACGAUUGAAAUGAAAGACAACGAAUUUGAGAAGAACCUAAAGAAGUCACUAACUGAAUUGGACAAAUAUUUUGACAGCAUUUAUAAGGAUCUGGAGCAGUGUCUCUCAAAGGGAGUGGAAGAAGCAGUGAACUCAUGUGUUGCUUCCACAAAGAAAUUGAUAACACCUAAUAAAGAUGGAAGGGGGUUCCAUAAAGUCCUUGGAGCUUUGUGCAAGAACUACGGAUGCUAUUGGUCUAAAAAUCGGGAUGUCAUUCUAGACCUGAACAAGACAUUGGCAAAACAUUUGCACAAAUGCAUUUAUAAUGAUUUCUGUCAGAUUUUUCCUGUGAGUGGAAAAACAGGAAAAUCGGUGCAGGAACAGAUUGAUAAAUUCAGUAUCAUCCAGAGUGACUCUGCUUACCCCAGGUCUGACAUACUGCAUUACAUUCAGAACUUCAUCAAAAUUGAGGAAACUAAACUGAAGGCAGCGCUCAACAGAGACAUUGUUGACAUUAAAAAGGGCAUCUACUCAUCAAUACAAAUAACCAUUGUGAAUGAAAUGGCUUCUUGUUAUCAGCAAGCUGCAGCUGUGACAGGAACAGGAUCCAUGAAGAGAAUGCAAGAACUGUUAAUAACCACAGUUGAUAAUAAAAAACACGACAUGUUCAACAAAGCAAAAAUGGAAUUGCUUAAAAAGUUCACUAACUUAAAGCUGGACAUAUUGAAAGCUCUUAAAAAUGAACUACAGGAAGUAAUAAAAAGCUCACAAUCACAAACCAGCGAAAAGACAAGGAUGGAUGUCUCCAGAGAGAUUGAAGAGCUGGAGAGACUUCUGGAGCAACUGUCUGACUGUUGGUCAUUGUACAAUAAGAAGCCCAAGAGAAAUGGCACAAAUCACAAAGGAAACAUAACAACUGCGCAAUAAGUGUAACACAUUUAUUACAAUUAUUAUUAUUUGCUCAAAUGUAUUUGUGUUGUUAUAUUUUUUUUCUGUACAUUUGUUUGGCGGAAGAUGUAUUUUAUCUUAAGUUGCACAUUUCUGUAAACAUUCUGAACUUUGGGUUUUAUUUUAGAGUGCAUGAUACACAAAUAGUUUUCUGAUUAUUUGUUUUUAUUAUUACUGUUUUAUAACAAGACAUAGAAAUUACAUUUAAAAACAUUUCUAAUUUUCAAGAACCUUAAAACAUUUGAUACAUUUACUGUAUAGACUGGAAUGUAAGUGCAAAGGUCUUUCUGAAACAUAUGCAGUAGUGACAGUUAAAAUAGGCUGUCGAGAUAUGUCUAAUUUCUUCAUGUAUUUACAGUGUUAGAAAAGCUUUAAGUAUUAAAAUCAGAAUGAAAAAGAAAUUCUUUUCUUAACUAUUUUGAAGAGACUGAAACAAGAAAAAAGUAGGACAUAUAAAGUGUAUAAAGUUUGUUCAUUUCUGCAUUGUUGGUGUUGAAAGAUUGAAAUGUUAAAACGAAACAUUACUUAUGAUGUAAUGUUUAUUGUUUGCCAUGUGACACAAAACAUGUAUUUUAGACCUAUGCUGUGACCACAAUAGAACCACUAAUACACUAAAUACACUAAAACCACAAAAUAAAAUCACAACUCUUCUGAAUCCAUAAGAUUGAACAGAACAGACCCAAUUUAAGUCUUUAUUCAGCGAUCUUCAUCUACAUUCUCAGUGACCAUAAACAUCAAAUCCUAUAUUGAGUUUAUCAAAAAAAAAAAAAAAAAAAACUGAUAAAAGCAUAUAUACCCCCACUUUAUUAGUAUUUAAAUAGUAUAUGGAUUUUUGAACUUUAUUCUUGAAAAGAUGGCACUGUAUUAAGCAGUAUAUAGAAAAUGUUUCUGUUGCUCAUGAAAACGUUUCUGAAACGUCUGUGUAUUUGACAAAUAUUGCUUUUUAUUCACUUCAUCUGUGAUAGAGUAUGCAAACACCGAAUGAGUGUUGUACAUUCGGUCGAAAUCGCUAACGCGUUAUUGUUUCAGCUAUUAAAAUAGUUCAGUUUUGUAUGUAAUGGCAAAUUUUCGAAAUUUCGUUUCGUUUUUUAUUAAGUUCAUUUAGAAAAAUGUUUGGAGAAUUUUUUUGUUCGUUAAAUAAGUUUAUUUUUUCUUAAAGUAACGACCAAGCAGCCAGCGGCAGACCAGCAGGCUGAUCAUAGCUUAUGUUUGAUGAAUUUAGCCUUCUCAGAUCAUCACGACUUGCCUAAAAUACGAUCUAUAGAUAUUUAAAACAAUUCAAGCAUAUAACAAUGUUUAAACAUUAAACCUAGAUAAAUGUGCGCUGCAUCCAGUAGUUUGUGCGGAGAGACACAGAAAACACUAGUUUAUUAGUAAACAAUUCAAAUAUCUCCUUACUAUUUUCCCCUGACACAUUCAAUUACUUUUACUGGGGCUUUGCAGCAAGCUUCAGCGUAUUGUGCACCCAAGACAUUGAACUGCUUUCUGUCUCAUUACGGCAGUUUUAUUUGCCUCGAGAAUUUCCUCAAAUAUUUGUUACGGUGGUGUACAUUCACCCUAAAGCAAAUGAGGCUAAAGUGAAGGAGACUGUCGAACGAAAUAUUUCUAAGUUGCAAAAUGUUUCCCCUGAUGCCCCUAAUUUUAUCAUGGGGGAUUUUAACCAUUGCUCCUUGAAAUAUACUUUGCGAAACUUUCAACAGUAUGUGACCUGUGCAAUGCGAUUUAAUAAGACCUCCCUGAUAGCACACGUACAUCUAGGAGACAUCUAUUUGACAUCUGCAUUUACAUCUGCAAGACGUAUUUUUUAGGGUGUUUGCUCAUCUGCAAUACGUCUAUUGGACGUCUCCUUUUAGAUGUCAAAUAGACGUCUAUUAGAUGUCUUUAAGAUGUUUAU